UAUAUAUAUAUAUAUCAGUGUAGUUCAAUCGAAUGCGUCCACUGUUUAUGAUGAGGCGAGAAAUGGCGUCCACAGAGCCCGUCAGUGGUAUGUGGUCCUAAACACAACGGACAGCCACACGGCUCUCUCGGUGGCCGCAUAGUUGCGGGCUACCAGUGGACAGGGCGAGCGGCCGACUUUAGUUACGAGUUUCUUGGACCAUUUGUCUUCCAUGUAACGUGUAGGAUGAUGAGGCUGAGAGUACGGAAGGCUUCUCAGCAGCCCAAACCCAGCCCCGGCCGUCCAGCCUCAGAACCCCGCCCAGCUCAGGCCAAGAGAAAACACUGCGAGGUGGCGCCCCCGCCCAGGAGAGGCCUCAGGAUGCAGAAGAAUGAGGCUGGCCUGUUCUCUACCAUCAAGAAGUUCAUCAGGGGAAAUGCUGUCAAGGUAGAGCAGGACAUCCCAGCUAAGAGGAGUCGUAUUGAUUGUAAAGUGGAAAACAGCAACCUGAUCACGUCUUCUCCUCACCCACCAACCAAAGCCAUCGGCAGGGGCUGCAGGAGAGGUGCUAACAAACCUGAACCGAUGACGUUGAACAGUAAGCCCCUGAAGCCCAACGGUAAACUGGAGGUCCCCGUGGAGGAGGCGAGCAGUCCACCUCGCACCACUCUCCUGGGGACCAUCUUCUCUCCCGUCUUCAACUUCUUCUCUCCUGCUACCAAGACAGCCACUCCUGAGUCUGGCUCCCCCGGGCAGGGGGGGUCGGAGGCUGAGGAGAUGCCGAAGCAGCUGGAAAAGGAGACGGUGGUGGAGGAGAUACCCACCAGUACCCCUGCAUCUACAGGGGGCGUCGUCCUGUCCUCUGUUGCCCCAGCUCCAUCAGUACCCCCACCACAACAGGCUCCUCUGGCUACCCCAGAACCAUCUGUCGAAGGAGGGGAGAUGGCUACAGAUAUGCCCCCUCUAACAGCUCCGGGCUGCAUUCCAGUCCGCUGUUACCCCCACAUCUCUCCCACGGCCCCUGCAGAGGGCACCUACGAGGAGGACUGGGAAGUCUUUGAUCCGUACUUCUUCAUCAAGCACGUGCCUCCGUUGACAGAGGAGCAGAUAGCCAGGAAACCAGCACUGCCCCUUAAAACACGCAGCACACCAGAGUUCUCCCUAGUUCUAGAUCUGGACGAGACGUUGGUGCACUGUAGUCUGAAUGAGUUGGACGACGCAGACCUGACCUUCCCUGUCCUGUUCCAAGACGUCAUCUACCAGGUGUACGUGCGGUUGAGGCCGUUUUUCAGAGAGUUCCUGGAGCGCAUGUCUCAAAUUUACGAGAUCAUUCUGUUCACUGCCUCUAAGAAGGUGUAUGCAGACAAGCUGCUCAACAUCCUGGACCCCAAGAAACAGUUGGUCAGACAUCGGUUGUUCCGUGAGCACUGUGUAUGUGUUCAAGGAAACUACAUCAAGGACUUAAACAUUCUGGGAAGAGAUCUUUCUAAGACUGUAAUAAUAGACAAUUCACCUCAAGCCUUCGCCUAUCAGCUUUCCAAUGGGAUUCCCAUCGAGAGCUGGUUCAUGGACAGGAAUGAUAGCGAGCUCCUCAAGCUGGUUCCUUUCUUAGAGAAGCUGGUGGAGAUGAAUGAGGACGUAAGGCCUUACGUCAGACAGCAGUUUCGUCUUCAUGACCUACUUCCUCCCGACUGAUCCGUGAUUGGCCGACCCAGCAGGCUAACCCAUAGAAGUAGAAUGUGUACAUUAUUCAUUCUGGUUCUACGGGCUAAACCUCCCAGCACACGGAGAGGGGAUGCCUUCCGUCCAACACGGUUGGAGAUGACGAGAAUCAACUUCCAACUGACUCUGAGGAUGUCGUCCAAGUGGAGAGCUGUCUACAGCAUUGCCCGUUACCAACGAGAAUCUGUUCAACAAAAUAACAGUUUACAGAGGGACAUUUGUAUCUAAACAACUACAAAACAAAUAUUUUGAAGCUAUGUAUAUGUUUUGUAUACUCAAACUAAACUGUUAUAUUCCAACUAAACUGUACACCCCCCCCCCCCCCCAAGAGUAUAGCAGUCCCCUUGUAUUACGAAAGGCAUCUGUCUGGACAGACCUCAAGUCUAUGCUCAAAAGCAGGGUUGUGUUCAUUAGGGUGCGAACGUUACAAAACAUUUUAGCAACGGCGAACGAAAAAUGUGCUUUUCUCAUUGGACAACUCCAGGUAGAACAUCCUCCAUUUCAGGAACGUUUUCUUGGGUUUUGGUGCCUAAAUGAACACGAUCCUGGCGACUUUCUGUGAGAUGUUUUCUCGUCCGCAGCUUCAGUUUUGGACUGACGGAACUGAAUGGCGGUAUUUGACUGCUCAAGACUCAUUUUAACAGGAACGGGCAGUCAAACCUGUAUAAUAUACAAACGUAAUUACAUGUAUAUAUGACAUGUAUAUAUCUUUUUUUUCUUCUUCAUGGUUUUUAAAAACGUUUUUUUUUUUUUGUGCUUCCGAUUUUAUUUUAGCUGACUGUUUUAUUUUACUAUUUUAGUAAAUAAAAAAAAAUGUUUUUACCUUUUUAAAAAAAAAAUAUUUUUUUGUUGUUGUUUGUUUUUGAAGUUGAUGCUACACAGCUGCUGUUGUCUUCCUGCAAUUUAUGCAUCCCAAAUGGCACCUUAUUCCCUACUGUAUAUAGUGCCCUUCUUUUGAGCAGAGCCCUAUGGGCACUGGUCAAAAGUAGUGCACUAUAUAGGGAAUAAGGUUCUAUAGGGCCCUGGUCUAAAGUAGUGCACUAUAUAUAGGGUUCUAUAGGGCUCUGGUCUAAAGUAGUGCACUAUAUAGGGAAUAGGGAGCAUUCUUUAUUUUCUAGUCUGCUUUUUAGUCCCAUUAACUACUGUUAUGUGGUCUCUGUAACAACAGGUUUUUAAAAAUAUAUUUGGGAGGAAAUGUUUAUGAAAUCAUGAUGGGUUUUUUAAGGUUAUGUAAAUGUAUUAUAGUGUUUUAACUUGAAGACCCUUCAACAAGCUGGCCUGGAUAUUAAUUUAGAUCAUGUAUAUUUGAGAUUUCACCCCUGAAAGAUGUUGAAACGACCCUUAGCUGCUCUGUGUCUGGGUGGUGAUGGGAGGGAGGGAAGGAAGGAAGGAAGGCUUCAGAGCUCUCCUGCCCUAUGGAAAAUCUUGUCAAUCUUUGUACACACGUUAUCACCUCUAAAUUGUGAAUGCCCGUACAAUUUUGAAAUUGUAGCACCAGCAAAAUGGCCAACAUUUUGUUUUAUCUUUUAAAUCUUGUUUUCAAUGCUGUUCAUAGUCUUGUCUGUGAAAUCUCUUUUAUGUAGGAGUCACACAUUUUUUAAAGAAAAUAAAUAGGAAAAGACUCCGUUGUUGUCAUUGACCGUCUUGGACGGCCACUCCUGUUGUACUCCGUGUUACUUCAUGGUUUCCUUGAUCAUAAAUACAUUUUUAUACAAUUAAUAAAAAUGUGUGAUUUG